AAGUGACGUCAUUUUCCGCAGAGACAGCUGAUGUGCUCGAGUCUCUCGCUUCUUCUCCUAACGGCUCUUGAAUACAUAUAGUACACACAGUUAGACCUUCGUUUUAAUUUAAGAAAGACGGGCAAUAUGUUGCACAUAGAAAGAAUACCGCUGUUAUGGGUUUUCUUUCAGGCUGCGGUCGUCGUGACGUGGUGUUUCACUGAUUUGGAAACGGGGCCUGGUGCAGGUGUAUCGGUCACACAGCCAAAUGGAGAUCGUUUCAAAAUCGAGGGAAGGGCGGUAGUUCCCGGGGUGAAAACACAAGACUGGGUCUCCACCGCCAGAAUCUUUGUGGAAGGUGAAGAGUACGUGGGAUUUGUGAGAACUGAUGGAAGUUUUGCUGUGAAUGACGUCCCAUCAGGAUCCUAUGUUGUGGAAGUUAUCACCCCUAACUAUAGAUUCGAACCGGUCCGUGUUGAUAUCACAUCUAAGGGAAAAAUGAGGGCGCGUCUUGUGAACUUCAUCAAGACUUCAGAAGUAAUUCGCCAGCCGUAUCCGCUUCAAAUCAGGGCAAAUGGCCCUCAGACGUAUUUCAUGAAGAGAGAAACCUGGGGAUGGACAGACUUCCUCAUGAACCCAAUGGUAAUGAUGAUGGUUCUGCCCCUGCUGAUCAUCGUUCUACUGCCCAAGGUGGUCAACACCAAUGACCCAGAGAUGAGAAAGGAAAUGGAACAGUCCAUGAACAUGCUGAACCCCAACCCCGAGCUCCCAGAUGUUUCUGAGCUCAUGACCAAACUCUUCUCCGGCUCCAAGGGCUCCAGCAAGGCAGGCAGCAGCAGCAAGGGCACCAGGCCAGCUGUGAAGAGGAGGUAGUACAACACGCGUCCUCCUCAAUCUGCCGGGAAAAAAGAGCGAGUUAUGCCAUGGAAGCAAGAUUUUUAAGUGUCAUUUUUUCCCCUCUGGGUCAACUGUACAGUUUUCUUUAUUAGAUGUUUUAAGCACAUCUUGAUUUCUAAUAUGCUAUUGGAAACUGAGAAAAAAAAGUUGUUUUUUUUCUUACUGCACUGAUAGAAAUUUCUUAAAGCCUGCAAAAGCUGUAAUCCUUCAUUUGCUCUAUACUGUCUACAUGUGGCUCUACUACUCAUCCAUCUUUUCUGUGCUAACCCUCUAGUGUGCAUUUUUCCACUGCUGCUAAUUCCACUACCUGAAAGAGAUCGUAUAUACAGAGAUUUUUUUUUUUUUUUUUCAGUAAUAUGACUGUGAAUGAAGAUUAAUUGAAUUUUAAGACUGAUAAAUUCUUAUUUAAAAAGCCUAGAUUAAUAAAUUUGCAAUGGUAUAUAACAACUGUGUUUUUAUUUCAGACCAUCUUAUUUGUUUGAGAGUGAACACAUGGCCUUCUCAUUUUUUGAAUUAUUGUGUGGCGUACUGUAUGGCCAGGAUUCACAUACUGUACAUAACGUGCCUAAAAUGUAUAAAUUAAAAUGGUAAUGGUUGGCAGUUCAAAGGAUGAAAGAGCUGUGUGGUUGCUUUCAAGAUCUCUAGAGUGUAACUUAACUUUUAAUAAAGCGGACAUAAAGUCCAUAUUAAAGUCAUAA